CCUCCAGAAGUGCAACGAAAGGGACGACAACAGUCGCACACAUUUCAGUUGGGCAUCAUUUCUAAGCAUCAAAUACACUGUAACAACAAGAUACAUUUUGCCAAGGAUUUGAUCUUUUAUUGAUGUUUAUUUGCCAUUUGAAGUUGUGUAUACUUAUAGAGCUCUCAUACACCACAACCACAAAAAAGACAGCUGGAAGGUGAACACUGAACAAACAACAUAUUCUUCAGGUUCUGAUAUGUGUCCGUUGGGUCAGUUUCCGUGUGGGAAUUUGUCAGUGUGUUUGCCUCAACCACAGCACUGCAACGGGCACCAGGACUGUCCUAAUGGAGCAGACGAAGAGAACUGCGUGGAUAACAGCGGUUGGCCCCAUCUGUUUGAUGCCUUCAUGAAAACAAGGGUCCAGGAGUCGAAAGAGUGCAUGUUAGAUGUCUAUCCAGAUGUGUGCCAUUGUGAGGGUCGGAAGGUGAACUGUAAUGGCAAAAACCUCCUCCAUGUACCUGUUGUAUCCUCUAAUGUAACUGCACUAGAGCUGAACAGUAACAGGAUCGAAUCUCUGUCUCGUGAUCUGUUCAUCCGCUACAGACACCUGGAGAGACUACAUUUGGAAAGUAACAGUAUAGAAAUGAUCUCCAAGAGGGCAUUUUCAGGACUGAUCUCUUUGCGUAAACUUUUUUUGAGUCAGAACAGAAUUGCAUCUCUGAAAGCAGGAAUAUUUAGUGACCUCAGCAGUCUGGAGUGGCUGAUUCUGGAUGAAAACAGAAUAUCAUCCCUGCGUCAGAAGUCUUUUGAAGGCCUGAAAUCGUUAUUCUUCCUGUCUUUAUUAAAUAACUCUGUUGAACAAUUUCCUAAAACUUCGAUUUGCCUUGAGAUGCCCCGUCUCAACUGGCUGGAAAUGGAGGGGAAUAGAAUUUCAUCUCUCUGGGCAUCUAGUUUUAAGAACUGCUCCUCUCUUACUGUCUUAGCAUUGAGGAGAAACCGCAUCAGCACCAUUGAGGAGGGAACAUUUGCAGAUAUGCAAAGAUUGAUAGACCUAGACGUGUCUGUGAACCAGAUCAAAGACCUGCCUCCAUCUCUGUUCCAGAACCUCCAGAACCUCAAACAGCUAAAUAUUUCUAACAAUCCCCUGACACACAUAUACGACAAUCAAUUUGACACACUGGUGAAUCUGCAGUCACUGAGUAUGGAGGAGGUAGAGAUUCCCAACAUCAGCAUCAGGAUGUUCCGACCCCUAACUAACCUCACUCACAUUUAUUUUAAGCGUUUUGAAUUCUGUGGAUAUUCUCCCAACGUGCGGAGCUGCAAACCAAACACAGACGGAAUCUCAUCCUUUGAGAAUCUUCUGGCAAACAUCAUUCUGCGCGUGUUUGUCUGGGUCGUCGCCUUCAUCAUUUGCUUCGGAAACAUCUUCGUCAUCUGUCUGCGUUCCUGUAUUGCUUCGGAGAAUCAACAUCACACAAUGGCCAUCAAAUCCCUUUGCUGUGCAGACUGUCUCAUGGGCGUGUAUCUGCUUUUCAUCGGUGCCUUUGACAUCAAGUAUUGCGGCGAGUACAACCGUCAUGCUCAGAUAUGGAUGGAGAGUCUGUCUUGCCAGUUGAUCGGCUCUCUGGCCAUGUUGUCCACAGAGGUGUCCGUCAUGAUGUUGACCUACAUGACAUUAGAGAAGUACCUGUGCAUUGUCUUUCCAUUCCAGCAUUACCGUGCCGGACGAAAACAGACCCUGUGCUCACUGACCUUCAUCUGGUUGCUAGGAUUUAUCAUUGCCGUUAUUCCCUUCUGGGAUAAACAGACUUUUGGGAAUUUUUAUGGGCGGAACGGAGUAUGCUUCCCUCUUCACUCAGACCAGACAGAGAAACCUGGUGCCAGAUGCUAUUCUACAGCUAUUUUUCUCGGUCUGAAUCUGCUGGCUUUCGUGGUGAUUGUGUUCUCUUACUCCAGUAUGUUUUACUCCGUCCAGAAGACAGCGAAGACAGCACGUCAAACAGUAUUUGAUCGAGAAGUCACUAUCGCAAAGCGGUUUUUCUUCAUUGUGUUCACUGAUGCCAUGUGCUGGAUCCCCAUCUUCCUCUUGAAGAUACUAUCACUACUAAGAGUACAGAUCGCUGGUACCCUCAUUCUGUGGGUGGUGAUUUUUAUCCUUCCCAUAAACAGCGCCCUGAACCCCAUCCUGUACACUAUCACAACCAGCGCCUUUCAGCAGAGACUCAAACAAUGUUUGAAAUAUCGCUUCCAGCAGACUAACUGAUACAAACACACACUAUGCACAUGCUCUGAGAUUAAUAUUCCAUGUGGAAUGAAAGGUUAAUAGAGAACAGGAUAAUGACCACACACACAAGAUGCUCUCAUCCAAGUUAAAAAGGCUUAUAAGAGCCUGUAGGGUUGAAGUAAUGAGAGCACACAUGGCAACAUUAACCAGCAGACCAUCAUAAACAAUAUAUCGAGGGGUGAGAACCAGAAGGGCCUAAAUUAAAUUUUUGGUGAAAUGGAGAUAUAUACAUCAAAUGAAAGCUCUUAAUGAGCUCUUUCUACUGGCUGUACUGUCAUCCUUGAGUGUACAAAUUUGUUUUAUAAACAAUUGAAAUCAGUACACAAAGUCAGAUCAAACUAUGGUAAAUUUUUUGUUUUGGCUCUCCUGUAAAGUUGGUGAAAUGUCACUUACGCCCUUCUGGUUCUCACCCCUCGAUAUGCUUAUGCAAGUAAAACCAAGCCUUAUACGAAAAACAAAGAAACGACACACAGUACAUGCAAAUCCAAGAGACUUCAACUGCCAUAUAGACCUAGAGCAGUGCGUGCACACGCAGGGUAAGCCAAACUCUGUGGCUGUCAGAGAAUGCAGGGAGGAAACGGUUCCGGACGGACCCUGGUGGGCUGAGGAUUGGAACCCUUCCGACUGAUUUAAUUGCAUUUUUGUGUGCUUGUGCGGAUGUGUUUGGAAAACAAAGAGGCAGUUGCAUUCAGUCAGGAUAGAAAAUGACCAAAAACUAUAUGGUGGAGGAGAAGAAAUGAAAAUCACUAAAUCACACUAAAACCAAUCCUAGCACUUCAUCUGUGAAAAAAAUACAAGGAAAAUACAGAUCAUUAUGGUGUUCAUGUUGGCAUCAAAGGACAAUUUUUUUCCAGAUUGCUAUUGUUAAAGAUUACAUGAAGUUAUUGUACAAGUCUAUUAUUUAUGGAACUCACGGCUUUCGUUUGUCUGCUGUAAUUUGUCAGUUGUCUACAAGAUGUAAAAUGAA